CCAGUUCCCCAGUUCCUUCCACCGUUGCUCGACACGGAAAGGCGUGGAGCAAACAGCAGAGGAGGAACCCAUUUUCCCCUGCCCCGUCGCGUCGCGUCGCCUCGCCCUCGCCGGCUCGCCCUAGCCCAAUCGGUGCUCUCCCCUCACGUCCGCCAUUCCCAGGGCUCGAGAGCUAGCGUCCGAUCGAUUGAUCCCUCCCUUCGCGUGCCGCGCGCCGCGCGCCCAACCCUCGGGGGUUUCAGGUAAGGUGCUGUAACAGAAGAUGCAAGGGGGAAGAGGUGGGAGGCAUGGCUUAUUCGGUUUUGUGGACCCUUUCGCUGGUUUUGGUGGCUUUGGACGACCAGGGAGCCUUCCAUCCAGUUUCUUCGGUGGCGCAAACCCCUUUGAUGACCCUUUCUUCACAAACCCCUUUGGUAGCGUGAUGCAACGUGGCUUCCCAACCCCUUUCAGCGGCAUGAUGCAACCUAGCUUCAUGGACCCCUUUGCUAGCAUGAUGCAACCUAGCUUGCUUGGACCAAGUAUGUUUGGGCCCCAUAGCGUUCUCAAUGGAGGCAUGUUUGGAAGCCAAACAAAUCUCAAUCAAGGCAUCAGCAACGCCAGUGAUUUCAUUCAGCAGGCCCCUGAGCCAAGCAGGCCUAAAGGGCCGAUUAUCAAGGAGCUGUCUUCAGAUGAUGAGGAUGAUGCACGCGAUGAUAAAGAAGAUGAUAAGAAGAAAGUUAAUUUCAGGAAGCAUCCAAGGGAAAGCAAAGGGGCGUAUGUGGAAGAGCCUGAUGAAGAAGUAGAAGCAGAUAAUAAAAGACCUAAGCAUGGACAAUUUGGGAGGGAGUUCAGCAGGGCUAGCACAUCACAUUCACAGCCUCAGACAUUUAUGUUUCAGAGCUCGACUGUUUCAUAUGGUGGUCCAAAUGGAGCCUGUUAUACAUCUUCAACAACUAGGAGGGCUGGUGUGGAUGGAAUUACAUUGGAAGAAAGUAAGGAGGCUGACACAACUACUGGUAAAGCCACUCACAGGAUUUCACGUGGCAUUGGGAGUAAGGGUCACUCAUUAACAAGAAACCUGAAGUCUGAUGGACAUGUUAACACCCUUCAAACUUUACACAACUUAAAUGAAGAUGAGCUUGCUACAUUUGAGGAAUCAUGGCGAAGAAAUGCCAGGGACAAUUUGCCUGGCUGGGAUCCCAGAAUGAACAUGCUUGGCAAUGGAAAUGCACACCCUGACUUCCGAGAUGCCAAUCAAAUGCCUGCACUCCCUGCUCCUGAUCAAUUCCUGGGCACCAAUUCCUCAAGGAACUCUCGGAAUGGUUCUUCCAUGGAUCGCGCACGCUGCACGUGAAUUCCUCUAGUAUAUGGAGGAUCACAGUGCUACAUACGGGUGACUUCCACUGUUUUGCAGAAAACAAAUGGCGUAACCGGAGUUCUCUUGGGAAGACUACUGUAACUUGUAACAGUCCUGUAGUCAAGAGCUUUAAGCCAGAUAACUAAAGCCUUUGUUUUAACACUUUUGUCCCAGUUCUCAGUAAUUGUACCUUAGAAACUUAGAAUCUGGUGCCUGCUAUCUGAGGUACAACUAAAAUCUUUUGGGAUGGGGCGGAUUUCUUCGGAAACUCUACUAAUUUUGGUGAAAUCCGAAGAAAAGGAAUGCCUGUUACGUCUCCUUGAACGUGACUCAGCAUGUAAAGUUGCAUACCUUGGUGAUGUAGUUCGUAAUCUUUGUAUGGAGCUGUGAGUCGUAUAUUUCUAA